GGACCGGAAGCGCGGUGCGCGCAUGCUCAGUGUCCCCCUGCGCGGCCGUUGAAGCCGAGCGGAGUCCCGAGCCGCCCGCCCGCCCGCCUGGCGUGGGGCGCGAGUCGCAGGGCCAAAAUGAGUUUGUUCGGGACAACCUCGGGCUUUGGAACCAGCGGGACCAGCAUGUUUGGCAGCACCACCACGGACAAUCACAACCCGAUGAAGGAUAUUGAAGUCACAUCGUCUCCAGAUGACAGCAUCGGCUGCCUGUCCUUCAGCCCACCCACCCUGCCUGCCAACUUCCUCAUCGCUGGCUCCUGGGCCAACGACGUGCGCUGCUGGGAAGUUCAAGACAAUGGGCAGACGAUCCCGAAAGCCCAGCAGAUGCACACGGGGCCGGUGCUCGAUGUCUGCUGGAGCGACGAUGGGAGCAAAGUGUUUACGGCAUCGUGUGACAAAACUGCCAAAAUGUGGGACCUCAACAGUAACCAGGCGAUCCAGAUUGCCCAGCAUGAUGCACCCGUGAAGACCAUCCAUUGGAUCAAGGCCCCCAACUACAGCUGCGUGAUGACUGGGAGCUGGGACAAGACCCUGAAGUUCUGGGACACACGGUCCUCCAACCCCAUGAUGGUUCUGCAGCUCCCGGAAAGGUGCUACUGUGCUGACGUGACGUACCCCAUGGCCGUGGUGGCCACGGCCGAGCGUGGCCUGAUAGUCUACCAGCUGGAGAACCAGCCUUCCGAGUUCCGGCGAAUCGAAUCGCCUCUGAAGCACCAGCAUCGGUGCGUGGCUAUCUUUAAGGACAAGCAGAACAAGCCGACCGGCUUUGCCCUGGGCAGCAUCGAGGGGAGAGUCGCUAUUCACUACAUCAACCCCCCGAACCCUGCCAAGGACAACUUCACCUUCAAGUGCCACCGGUCCAACGGCACCAACACUUCUGCCCCACAAGACAUCUACGCGGUCAACGGCAUUGCUUUCCAUCCGGUCCAUGGCACGCUGGCCACCGUGGGCUCCGACGGCCGCUUCAGCUUCUGGGACAAGGACGCACGCACCAAGCUCAAGACCUCGGAGCAGCUGGACCAGCCCAUCGCCGCCUGUUGCUUCAACCACAACGGGAACAUCUUUGCCUACGCCUCCAGCUACGACUGGUCCAAGGGACACGAAUUUUAUAACCCCCAAAAGAAGAACUACAUUUUCCUGCGGAAUGCAGCUGAGGAGCUGAAGCCCAGGAAUAAGAAGUAGUGGCCGCAGACCCGGGCACGCCCGUGAGGUGUCAGCCCUGGAGGGCAGGACUCUAGCUGUGGCCGCUCGCUCGGUGCUGGGUCUCAGGAUGGGCAUUGAUGCCCACAGCAGUCAGUGCUCUCUGAAGAGCUCUGGGCCGGCCUUCGCACCUCGAACUCUAUUUUGUAAUAAAACCUGUUUGAAUUGAGACUGC